UAUAGCGCGAUCCCGACUCGACAUUUUGCCCUAAUCUGCCCCCUUCCGCUCGCGUCACAACCGAACCCUAAAACCCUACCAUUUUAUCCAGAGAGGGGAAAAAAAGAAAAAAAAAACCUAAAAAUUCUGUUAGGGUUUUAGCCGCAGCGAAAAAUGUCGGACGACGAAUUUCAAGAAGAGAAGGAGUUGGAUAUCUCCUCUACUGACGUCGUCACUAAGUACAAGACCGCAGCUGAGAUCAUCAACAAGGCUCUUCAGCUGGUGAUCUCGGAGUGCAAGCCCAAGACAAAGAUUGUUGACAUUUGUGAGAAAGGGGAUAACUUCAUCAGAGAGCAAACUGCGAGCGUGUACAAGAAUGCAAAGAAAAAGAUUGAGAAGGGAAUUGCUUUCCCGACAUGUAUAUCGGUGAACAAUGUUGUUUGCCAUUUUUCUCCGCUCGCCAGUGAUGAAUCUCUUCUUGAAGAGAAUGAUGUGGUGAAGAUAGAUAUGGGGUGUCACAUAGAUGGGUUUAUUGCCGUAGUGGCCCACACUCAUGUCCUUCAAGAAGGUCCUGUCAGUGGGAAGGCAGCAGAUGUGAUUGCAGCAGCAAAUACUGCAGCAGAGGUUGCUUUACGACUUGUGAGACCCGGGAAAAAGAAUAAGGAUGUAACUGAAGCUAUUCAAAAGGUUGCCACUGCAUAUGACUGCAAGAUAGUUGAAGGGGUGCUUAGUCAUCAGCUUAAACAGUUUGUUAUUGAUGGAAACAAAGUUGUGCUUAGUGUAAGUAAUCCAGAGACUAGAGUUGAUGAUGCUGAAUUUGAAGAGAACGAAGUCUAUGCAGUUGAUAUUGUUGCAAGCUCGGGUGAAGGCAAGCCUAAACUGUUGGAUGAGAAGCAAACUACUAUUUAUAAAAGAGCCGUUGACAAAAGUUAUCACUUAAAGAUGAAAGCAUCAAGAUUUAUCUUUAGCGAAAUCAGCCAGAAAUUUCCUAUCAUGCCCUUUACUGCUAGGGCCUUGGAAGAAAAACGUGCUAGGCUGGGACUAGUAGAGUGUAUGAAUCAUGACCUCUUACAGCCAUAUCCAGUAUUGCAUGAGAAGCCAGGAGAUAUUGUAGCUCACAUCAAGUUCACCGUCUUGCUAAUGCCGAAUGGGUCGGAUAGAAUUACCUCCCAUCCAUUGCAGCAGUUGCAGCCUACAAAGACUGUUGAUGACCCCGAAAUAAAGGCUUGGCUUGCUUUGGCUACAAAGACGAAGAAGAAGGGUGGAGGAAAGAAGAAGAAAGGUAAGAAAGCCGGUGCUCAAGAUGAUGCGGCUGAAGCUGAACCUAUGGAUGAAGUUACAAAUGGUGCACCUUCCCAAUAAUGGAAACUUGCAAUUUUGUUUUCCUUCAUUGAUACUAGUUUCCUAGGUGUUCGUGUUACUGUUCAUUUAAUACUUUUUUCUUUUUUAUCUGGUUUAACCGGGAAAAGAAAAAUCGUAGCUUUUCUUGUACGAGCAAGGAUAUCUGUGUACCGAGUAAAGUAUGCUAGCUGCGGUGAUGAUGUGAUUGCAAAAAGUUUUAAAAUUUUUAGUAAUGUUUGGAACAUGAAACGGAUGAGAUCGGAAAUUGUUGUUUCUUUUCCUUGUGAGCAUGAAGUGCGGCAUAACGUUAGCUGAUU